AUGUUCUUUCCCACAGCUCGUCUCUCACAACACGCGCUGCCCAGGCUUCUUAACCUCACGCUCCGCCAGACUGCUCAGCAAAAUAUACUACUCUCUUCCUUCGCCACACAUAUUGGUCGUAUUAGAGUCUCGUUCUCUACAUUCUCCCCCUUGCGCACCGCAUCCGCGACCGCAUCCGCGACCGCAUCCGCCGAGAUGGCUUCGAUCCAGAUUCCCACCGUGACUGCCGGCAGCGAGCGCGUCCCUUUCUCACAGCUCAAGGGUCGCAUUGCGCCCCAGCUCCUCCAAAAUAUCGAGAAGAUGGGCCUCACACACAUGUCCCCAGUGCAAGAAAAGGUCCUGCAGAUGUCCAGCCUCAAGAACGACUGCCUCGUACAAGCCAAGACCGGAACCGGCAAGACGAUCGCUUUCCUGCUCCCCGCCCUCCAAAACAUCAUGACCGCCCCAGACCUGCAGCGCGAGUUCGUUGCAAUCCUCGUCCUCGCUCCCACCCGCGAGCUGGCCCAGCAGAUUGCCGAUGAGUGUGACAAGCUCACCGGGAAGUCUUUCGAGUGCCACAUUGCCGUAGGCGGCACCUCCAAGAACUCGCUCCUUCGGAGGUUCCUCAAUGGCAAACCCACCAUCCUCGUCGCCACCCCCGGCCGCCUCAUCGACUACCUCUCCGAAGAAGAAACCAGACACAAACUCACCAAGCUCCGCUGCGUGGUCCUUGACGAGGCAGACCGCAUGCUCGACCAGGGGUUUGCCCCCUCCAUCAAGAGAAUCUUGCAACAAAUCCCCAAGAAGCAAACUGCUGGCUGGCAAGGCAUGUGCUUCUCUGCUACCGUCCCAGACGAGAUUCAGCAGUUCCUGCCCUUGGUCCUCGACAAGAAGCACGACCGCAUUUCCACCAUCGACCCCAAUGAGACCCCUACCGUCGACAGAAUCCCCCAAUCCGCCAUCCCUAUCCCCUCCAUCGCCGACGCCCUUCCCGUCUUGCACUCCUACCUCAUGACACAAAAGAAAACCAACCCCCAGCUCAAAGCCGUCAUCUUCUGCGGCACCGCCCGCCACGCCGCUUUGCUCUACCACAUCUUUGGUCCCACCGGCGGCGCCGCCCCCAAAGGCCUCUCCUGCUUCCAGAUGCACUCCCGUCUUUCCCAACCAGCACGUACACGAACAAUCGAAGAGUUCAAGAACGCCGAAUCAGGCCUCAUGUUUGCAUCUGAUGUCAUUGGACGUGGCAUGGACUUCCCUGACAUUGACCUAGUCAUCCAGAUGGGCUUCCCUCCCGAAAAAGCACAAUACGUCCAUCGUGUUGGGAGAACGGGAAGAGCAGGCAAGUCGGGGGAAGCAACCAUGAUUUUGACGCCCCAGGAGAUGAGGUUUGUGAGAGCGAAUAAGGACUUUCCCAUCAAGGUUACUGAGCCAUUCAACCACCCCGACCUGCCAAAAUCGGUUACCAAGAUUGAGGAAGCUCUCGCCAAGGUGCCGGAGUUGACGAAAUUCCAAGCUUAUACCGCCUUCCUCGGCUUCAACAUCACCGUGGCGAGACAGCUGGGCCUCCAGCCGCCAGAGAUUGUUGGUUUGGCCAACGAGUUUGCCUAUGCGAUGGGGUACGAGGAGAUCCCAGAGGUGGAGGCCAAGAUGGUGGGCAAGAUGGGGCUCAAGGGCGUGCCCGGGUUGAGGAUCAUGGGCAAGGGGGGAGUGAGCAGAGCUGCUCCGGUGCCGAGCGGAAGGACGGGAGGGGGGAGGGCCCAGGGUGGCCCGGGGAGGAUGCAGAGGGGCAAGGUGGCUGAUCCCAGGCCGCAAGGGGCGAGUGGAGGCAAUAAUGGGAGCAGGCUGGACGGCAACAGGAGGGGGCCGAGAGAGAGCACGGGUGCCAACGCCGAGGAGCCGAGCAGGAAACGGCCCAGGCGUGGUGCCCAGUCGUGA